CGGCGGCGCAGGCGCACAGUGGACCCGCCGCGCGAAGCUGCAGCCAUGGAACAGGCGGCCCCGGCCCUGGAGCGGCUACUGCAGCCGGCGCCCCUCGAGCCUCUGGGCCACCCCGACGCUGGGCUGGAGGCGGCGGUGGGUGAGGAAGCGGAGGGGGCCCAGGACGAGGAGGGCCCCGGGGACCGCACGAUGACAGAAAAUAAUUUUUGGUUGAAGAAGAUAGAAAUUAGUGUUUCAGAAGCAGAAAAGCGAACUGGAAGAAAUGCCAUGAACAUGCAAGAAACAUAUACUGCUUACCUCGUUGAAACAAGGUCAGUUGAACAUAAUGAUGGUCCAAGUGUCUUAACAGACUCACUAUGGAGGCGGUAUAGUGAAUUUGAGUUGUUGAGAAACUACCUUUUAGUUUACUAUCCACAUAUUGUUGUGCCACCUCUACCAGAAAAAAGGGCAGAAUUUAUUUGGCAUAAACUCUCUGCUGACAACAUGGACCCAGAUUUUGUGGAAAGACGUCGAAUUGGUUUAGAAAACUUCCUCUUGAGAGUUGCUUCACAUCCCAUCCUUUGUAGAGACAGAAUCUUCUAUUUGUUUUUAACACAGGAAGGUAACUGGAAGGAGAUUGUGAAUGAAACUGGGUUUCAGCUGAAGGCAGACUCCAGGUUAAAAGCGCUUAAUGCAACAUUCAGAGUGAAAAACCCAGACAAGAGAUUUACUGAACUGAAGCACUACAGUGAUGAACUACAGUCAGUCAUCUCACAUCUUCUUCGAGUCAGAGCUAGAGUAGCAGAUCGACUCUAUGGUGUAUAUAAAGUACAUGGGAAUUACGGGCGAGUUUUCAGUGAAUGGAGCGCCAUAGAAAAAGAAAUGGGUGAUGGACUGCAGAGUGCUGGUCAUCAUAUGGAUGUGUAUGCAUCUUCUAUUGAUGAUAUUUUGGAAGAUGAAGAGCAUUAUGCAGAUCAGUUAAAGGAGUAUCUUUUUUAUGCAGAAGCCCUACGGGCUGUGUGCAGGAAACAUGAACUUAUGCAAUAUGACUUGGAGAUGGCUGCUCAGGACUUAGCAUCUAAGAAGCAGCAAUGUGAGGAACUGUCAACUGGGACUGUGAGAACAUUUUCUUUGAAGGGAAUGACUACCAAGCUCUUCGGUCAAGAAACUCCAGAGCAGAGAGAAGCCAGAAUAAAGGUGCUUGAAGAACAAAUAAGUGAAGGGGAACAGCAGCUAAAGUCUAAAAAUCUGGAAGGCAGAGAAUUUGUGAAAAAUGCUUGGGCCGAUAUUGAACGCUUCAAGGAGCAAAAGAACCGUGAUUUAAAGGAGGCUCUCAUAAGCUAUGCAGUUAUGCAGAUUAGUAUGUGCAAAAAGGGAAUUCAAGUUUGGACCAAUGCUAAGGAAUGCUUUAGCAAGAUGUAAUCCUGUGAAAUGAAUUUCUCUUCAAUCAAAGUGCCCCAAAACAGAAGCACAAGUAAAUAAAUAAUAAUUUAAGUUGCUACCCAGUCUACACAAAAAUAUAUAAGUUGACUAAAUUCAGCUGUCUUUAAUUUGAUUGUAGUUGUAUUUAUAUAGCACAAAAGGAUGUAUUUUAAUGAAGAUUAAAUAUUAUAAUUUGAGGUUUUGGGGACUGGUGCUGAUUCCAAAAAGUUAAUUUGAUAAAAUAUACCAACAGAUUGUCAGGCUUCUGAACCAAUAACUGAGUGUCACGAUGUUGGGUAAUUUCUGGAUGUUCAUUUUAAUUCCAGCUAUUUUAGAUCUGUUUAUGUAGAGAGUUUUUCCCUAAGAUUGAAUUCCUAUCUUUACCUGGUAAGACUCACUGAUCUGUUGUAGGGGGUUAUUUUUUCUUGCCUUAUAGUUGAGCUGUUCGGUUUGACAAAGCUCAGCAGAAACUUAGUGUGCAAUCUAAGAUUUUCUCUCCCAUUCAUUGAUGCCCCCUAUAACAUUUGCAUACACUAGAAAAUGCCUUUAAUUUGUGUUUUACCAGAAUUUUGAUACUGGUCAGAAAUUUUAUACUGCCAACAAAGAAGACUGAACUUCUCAGAUAUAUAACAGAAUUCAUUGUUAUGAUCUAGGAACUGCUAUAAUAGAAUUGUGUAUGUUACAUAAAAGCAUUAAAUUCUUCUCAAAUAAUUCCUAACCUCAGUGAUGAGCCUAAAUUUACUCUGCUUGGCUCUCUACACAUGGCAUUUCAGGGUACAAGAUGUAUGUAGCAUUUCAGUGUAUGAGAUAUAUGUAGUGCACAUAUGUGUUCGUAUCUUCAUUAUUAGCAUCCUUCUUUCCUAUUGCUUGGCUGUAAUUUUUGUAAAGGUAAAUUAUAUUGUUUUUUGAUGUGUUUUUGUGGUAUAUGUUCAGAAGCCAAGCACCCUCAGUUUGCUAGCUUUGCAGAAUCUUCGAUGUCUCAUUAGUAAUUAUGUAAAAAAAAAAAAAAAAUUCCCCAGUACUGUUCAACAUUUGACUUUUUUAUGUGUUCAAAAUGUUGCUGGAUUUUUGUGCUGUUUGCCAAACUUAUACAAUAAAUAAAUGAAGUAUUGUGCUGAU